AUGGCGCUUGCGAUAAGUUCGCAGGGUGAAGGAGGCACGUGGCGGAGCGAUCCUAAACGGGCCUCUUCCGCGGGCACGGACGCCGAUCAUUACAGCAGUUCAAGGUGGCCUUUCGCGUCGCAUUACCUACUUGUGUCAACGUCGCUCAUUAGUUCACCCCACCCUUUACUUUCUUCCCAUUUUGAUUUUUGCUGA